AUGAGGCAGAGGUUGAUCACGACCCUGCUGGGCGCGGCAUUCGCCCAGGGCGCCUUAGCCGGUCUUGGUAAAUGGCUUGAUCUCAUCAAGCUGAUACCAAAUCCAGGUGUCACCAGGCACUAUGAUUUUACCGUGUCCCGUGCAACACUGGCACCGGAUGGUGUUCAACAGUCCAUGAUCGUUGUCAAUGGUCAAUAUCCUGGUCCUUUGAUCGAGGCAAAUUGGGGUGACUGGAUUGAAGUAAAUGUUCACAACGAGAUCCAUGGGCCAGACGACCUAACUCUUAUGCAUUGGCAUGGCGUGAACCAGCCUGGGACUCAAUAUUACGACGGUGUAUCCAGUAUAUCGCAAUGUCCCAUUGUUCCAGGCGGCAACUUCACCUAUAAAUUUCGUGCGGACGAGCACGGAAGCUCUUGGUAUCAUACCCAUUAUUCCGCUCAAUACUCUGCAGGAGCAGUUGGCCCGAUUGUGAUUCAUGGGCCCAAUGAUGUCAACUAUGAUGAGGAUCUUGGACCAAUAUUAGUCUCAGACUGGUAUCACGAUACCUAUGAGCAUAUCGUUGACCUCGUUCUUCAGCCAACUAACGGGCCGCCUUUCCGACCACUUUCCGAUUCGAAUCUUGUCGGAGGAAAGGGCCAAUAUCCCUGUGCCAAUGUUACAAGUGGUGCCGCAUGCACAGUAAACCCAUAUGCGUCGUGGGAGGUUGAGCCAGGCAAGACCUACCGUGCUCGUUUUGUCAAUACCGGAGCAACUGCGUUUGAAACUAUCUCACUUGAUGGCCACACUUUCACAGUCAUUGCAAACGACUUUGUCCCAGUACAGCCAUAUCAAACCGACUUCGUAACAAUCGGCGUCGGACAGCGAACGGAUGUGAUCUUCACCGCCAAUGCAGGAUCAGGCUCAUUUUGGCUACGUGCCUUUAACAGCCCCUGCGGAGACACAAAUGGUCCCGACGGCCGAGGAAUCAUCUACUACAAGGGAGCGGAUCCAUCUGUGCCUCCUACAAGCCAGGGGCAGCAAGGGACUCCCAAUCCCAUUUGUGGCAAUGAUGCCCUCUCGCAGACAAUUCCGCAAUAUGCUAUCCCGGCCGCAGAGCCAGAUACGACAAUCACCCUCACCAUUGGUGGCGCACCGGACUCACAAGGAAUUUUCCGCUGGUCGUUCAACGGCAUCUCUUUCCAAGGUGAUUUGGAUUCCCCUGCUCUAUUCGAUGCGGUUGCAGGGGUCGAUCUUCCCCCCGAGCGAAACGUCUACUUAACUGGGACAAAUGAGACGGUGAGAUUGAUCGUCAUCAACACCCUCCCAGCGCCACAUCCAAUGCACAUCCACGGACAUGACUUCCAGGUCCUAGCUGAGGGUCAGGGCACAUGGGACGGAACCAUCGUCAACCCUUCCAACCCACAACGUCGCGAUGUUCACAUGUCGUGGGCCGGCGCAGACUCUACCAAUCCAGCCAUCGCGACAAACUACCAGGUUAUCCAAUACACCCAGGACAACCCAGGCGUCUGGCCAUUCCAUUGUCACAUUGCCUGGCACUUGUCCGCCGGCAUGAGUAUCUUGCUCCUCGAACGACCAGACGAAGUGCACAAGAUCCAGAUUCCAGAUUCCGUCUCUGGAACCUGCGACGCUUACAAGGCAUGGCAAGCAGCCAACCCAGCCGUUCCCGUCGAUGAUGGCCUGAAGAAGCGUGAUCUUGCCAAGAGAAUGGUCGACUUCAUGAAGGGACAUGCUCACGGCGACAAACACCACAAACGCGGAUAUCGAGGCUUCUCGUUCAGAGACAGAGACACUACCAGUCUCGGUCCCGGCAAGGUCGACGAGAAUCUAGUCCACAAGAGAGACGAGGUUUGA